CUUUUUAUUAGUCUGGCCUUUUAUUACGUCAUAUCAAAGAUCACAAGUUGACAGUGUUGUGUAUGCAAGUAGUGGAGAACAUUCUGUACAGUGGGUCAGCGGAUACUGUAGUUCAGUCACACAACAUCAAUACUGGGGAGUUGGUGCGUUCCUACACUGGUCACACCAUGAGUGUCAGCGGUCUACAGGCGCUAGGGGGAGUAUUGAUCACAUCGUCUCUCGAUAGGAUCAUUCGAUGUUUUGAUAUCAAGGUACGAGUGUCGCUCUGGUAAAGCCGAGAGUUGAUGAGCGUUGGCAAGCGAGAGUUUGCGUAAGAGUUGACUGGAGGAUAUUAUUGGUCAAACAGUAAAAACUCCUCAACUGUCGUCAAAAUUUGAACCAAAUCAAAGUCGAUGAGAGCGCAUGAAGACUGGUUUAUAACUUUAUAAAAUUACUAUCAAAGUUUAUACUAAGUCAAUACAUUCCCUCAAAACAUUUCUUGCAAAUCCUUAAAAACUUAGAAUUUACCUAUGCAAAAUUAGGGGCUGAUUACAUGGACCGGGCCAGCCCGGUUAACCGGGCUGAAAAAUGUCACGAAAAUCUUCCUUGGGCCGCAAAAUGAGUUUUAAAUCGGGUUUAGGAUGAUUUUGCAUCUAUACUAAACCAAGUAUUUAUCGCAAAUUUAUUUUACGCGAGUUUUAAAACCACAGUAAGGUCCUAAACAAACGAGUCAGCCCGGUUAACCGGGCCAACUCGGCACCAUGUAAUCAGCACCUUACUGGGACGUGAAUAAACCACUUGUGCCACCAUAUUGAAAUGUUAUUCACGAUGGUAUUUUUAGACUGGUGACUUGCUACAGUUGUACGGUGGAAACACAGACAUGAUAUUUUCAUUAUCCGUCAUUGGAAACAUGGUAAGUUUUGGUUUGUAGAAAGGAUUCUAAACUGGAUUUUGUAGAUGGAAAUUCCGAGUGUGAAUUUUUAUAAAAAAAAUAUAAAACAUUUUCCGUGUUGAUAUACAGCUAUAUCAACACGAGUAGGAAUUGGGAAAACGAGAAAUUGUAUAGAAACACGACGUUUUCAUACAAUUUCCAGUUUUUCCAACUUCCACGAGUGUUGAUAUAACUAUAUAUCAAUACGGAAAAAAUGUUUUAUAUUUUUUUAUAAUACAUAGCAAUGUCAAAAGCCCGAAGGAUAAGAAAAAUUUCCGUGUUUACAAGCGGCGGAAAAUUUCCCGUGUUGACAUCGAGUUAUAUCAACACGGCUCUUAGCCAAUCAGCGUUCAGAAUUUACAAAUGUUAUAUUAUAUACAUUUAUAUUAGACCUUAUACCAGGAGCAGUUGCGAAUCAAAGGCCGUUGAGGCCGACUCAUGGAUGAGAUCAAAUGAAAGUGACAGUAGUUUGCAGUUGUUUUUUGCGAACGAGCACCCACACUCAAGUACCCACAAAGACUCACAGAUGUUGCUUCGCGAUAUCCGUGAGUCAAAAAUACAACUAUAAACCGUCUGGCAGGACUCUACAGUUGCUUUUUUCACAACUGUUCCAGUGUUCCUGGUUAGGUAUAAGAAAUGUAUAAAAAUUCCAUUCGAAAUUCCCAUCUACAAAAGCCUUCAACAAAUAGUUCUGUCGAGUGUAGAUGCCCAGAAUCCUGAUACGUUUUAGUUUACCAAAUAUGUAACUAUAAAUAUUUUGAAUGAAGACAGGACAUUAACAUAAAUCUCUACUUUAGAUCUACACUGGAUGCCGUGAUGGUCGCGUAUCGGGAAUCAAAUUAGAUCUACGAAAAUACCAUUGUUGUAAAGUAUGUUAAUCUUUUGCUCUUGGUAACCGAGGCAUACUUGAUCAAUAAAUUUGUUUUCUUAUUUUUGCAGUGGGGUGAUUGUUCUUUAAAGUUUGGUCUGUUGGACCAUUUAAUACAACACGUGCAAGGUAGUUGGUUAUUUCGUAGGUUUCGUUUUGUUUGUUUGGAUUUUUCACCAGCAAAUCAAAGCAGGAAAUAUUUCACCAUGGUUAGAAAUAUAUAUUUGAUCAUUUUUUUUCAGACCACAUCAAUCAAACUGUUGAUUUUAAAAGUUGUUUCUGGGAUGAAUGCGUUCAUAAAUUUCCGCGGGGAAAACAACUAGAUGUAAGUUUUUGAAAUUGCCAAUGAUUCAUUUAUCUUACUGAACGUUAUUGGAAAUUGGUGAAACUACUGAUGCUUUAAAACAGGAUAGUUAUACUGGAAAGCUCCAUCGGUUCCAAACUGUUCUCACUAGAGGAUACCAUGACUGGUCCAAUGUUACUACAAGAGGGAACCUAAAAACUUUAUACUGUAUAGCUCUAUACAAGCCCUAAACCGUUCUUCCUAGAGUCUAGUAUAGGAACACCUACAACGUGAAUAUUUUUCCAAAAAUGCAUUUUUUCUCGCAGGUUAUUCAAGCUGCAACAGAGCAUAUACUGAGUCAUGUUCCAAAUACGAAAGAGUGAAUUUCUACUCUCUUCAACGAAGGUAUCUAUACGUUGAGUGACAACCAUCUGUUGAGUGACACAGCAUAGGAGAAAUGCUUUAUUUAUUAAUAAGUUUUACAUUCUGUGUGUACAUAUUUAUAAAAUAUUUUACCUUAAUUCUAAUGUACAAAGUACCAGAUGUUGUGUGUUUAAUUUGUGUGUACCACAUCCUUGUUCAAAAGACUAGCGCGAAUAGUUUUUGCACAAGGAAGGAAGCCUUGUCACUGAUAAAUUAGUCUAGUAGUAAGGUAUAGACUAGAUGUGUCUGAACAAUCUUCCCCAGCCACUGAACGAGUUGUUUUAAAACGAUACACGAUGUAAUAAUACAUCAUGGCGAAGAGGCUCAGAAAAAUUGCCAGUUUUUUCGACAGAAUAUUACGAAACUAUAUACGCAAUGUUGAGGAUGAUACUCGACAUGACACCAAUAAGACAGGGAUAGCUCAAGUGACAACCCAUCUAAACAGUUUAUACGUCAAAUUAUGCUCACAACCCAGUUCUAAUUAUGUCCGCCACCGCCAGGCAUGCCUCCAGCUCCUUGGAAUUGUCUCAUCAUGCUUUGUAAACCCUGCAUACCACCUGG